AGAAGAUGAACAUUCAUGAUUGAGAGAUGUUCAUGACAUUGGCCUCUUCAUACCAUGAGAGAGUCUCGACCACCCGUUGCAUUCCUUGCUGGAGGUGUCCUUCAUAUCAUGGAAAAAAGCCUAUAUGCGACCACAAGCGUAUGAGAAAAAUCUCCACAAGAAACAAAAUAGACUAGAUUUUUCUUUGCGAAUGAGGGUCUUCAUUACAUCCUUCGUAUGGAAACAUACAAGCCCGGAUAGACACAAGGAGUUGCCAUUCAAAAGCAUUGACAGGCCGAAGGCAACGAAGGAGAGAAGUCGCGGCCAACAUGAUGAGCAUCUUAAAUUCUGCAUCACCUGCCGAAAUGGGGUUGAAAUGUAAGUUCUUCCGCGGAGAACUCGGUUGGGAUUUGACAGUGGUCAAUCACAGGGUACAAGAAGCCAGGCAAGUGGAGAGGCUUAGUUAUGGGAAAGCUCUCUCAUUCAGCUCUGGCAGCGCAUUCAAAAAUCCCAAAGCAGUGGCGUCCGCGGUGCCCACGGAAUCAGAGGCUAAAACAUCUCCCCGUGCAUAUGAUGAGAAGAUGUUAGCAAACUAUGUACCAAUCUAUGUAAUGCUCCCUCUGGAUGUCGUCACAGUUGAUAACACUCUCAAGGACGAAGAUGGGAUAGAGCAGCAGCUCAAGAAGCUGAGCGCAGCAGGCAUUGAUGGAAUAAUGGUUGAUGUCUGGUGGGGAAUCGUGGAAUCCAAAGGUCCUAAACAGUAUGACUGGACUGCAUAUAGGAGCCUGUUUCAGAUUGUUCAACGAUGCAAUCUGAAGAUACAAGCUAUAAUGUCGUUCCACCAAUGUGGUGGGAAUGUCGGAGAUGCGGUAAACAUCCCAAUUCCUCAAUGGGUACUUGGCAUUGGAGAAAAAGACCCUGAUAUAUUCUACACAAAUAAAAAUGGCAACAGGAACAGAGAAUGUCUCACAAUCGGUGUGAGUAACCAACCUCUCUUUUAUGGAAGAACUGCUGUGCAGAUGUAUAGUGACUACAUGAAGAGCUUCAGGGAAAGCAUGUCAGAUUUCCUGGAAUCAGAACUGAUAAUAGACAUUGAAGUAGGUUUAGGACCUGCAGGGGAGCUGAGGUACCCCUCUUAUCCCGAAAGUCAAGGAUGGGUUUUUCCUGGUAUCGGGGAAUUUCAGUGCUACGACAAGUAUCUCAAAGCAGAUUUCAAGGAGGCUGCAAUAAAUGUGGGUCAUCCCGAAUGGGAACUCCCAGAUAAUGCAGGAAGUUACAAUGCCACACCUGAAUCAACAGAAUUCUUCGGUCCAAACAGGACAUACCUCACCAACAGAGGAAAGUUCUUCUUGACUUGGUACUCUAACAAGUUAAUAACCCAUGGUGAUCAGAUAAUGGAUGAAGCCAACAAAGUAUUCCUUGGCUGUAGAGUCAAGCUAGCGGCCAAGGUAGCUGGCAUACAUUGGUGGUAUAAAGAUGAUAGUCACGCUACAGAGCUCACUUCAGGAUACUACAAUCUUAAUGACAGAGAUGGCUACAGACCUAUUGCGAGGAUGCUGUCAAGGCAUCAUGCAAUUUUUAAUUUCACAUGUCUUGAGAUGCGAGACUCUGAACAGACUGCUGCUGCCAAAUGCGGGCCUGAGGAACUUGUACAGCAGGUUCUGAGUGGAGGUUGGAGAGAGAAAAUUGAGGUAGCAGGAGAGAAUGCACUUUCAAGAUAUGAUCGAGCCGGCUACAAUCAGAUACUUCUAAAUGCUAGGCCCAAUGGGGUCAAUAGAGAUGGCCCACCAAAGCUGAAAAUGUAUGGAAUAACAUACCUUCGUUUAUCAGACAAUUUACUCAACGGAAACAACUUCAAGAUAUUCAAGACAUUUGUGAAAAAAAUGCAUGCCGAUCAGGUAAAGAAAACCCUCACGAAAUCUCUGUACAAAUCUUUAUUGAGAUGUCCAAACACUCUUUUUUUGGUCCAGGACCACUGUGCGGACUCAAGAAAGUAUGGCCAAUGUUUAGAUCCACUAGAGCGUUCAAAUCCAAAGCUUUCAAUUGAAGAUUUGCUAGAAGCAACUGAACCAAUGAAGCCAUUCCCAUGGGAUAAAGAGACAGACAUGAGCGUUGGUGGUGCACUUGCUGAUUUCUUCGACAAAUUCAUAGAAAAAAUCACCUCUAUUUUGAAGUGAGGAGACCCGAGAAUGACAGAGUGAAUAGCAGUACAAUAAUGCCCACUGAGGCACAGAAAUCUCCAAAGAUCACAGAACGUCCUUUCAUGGCAAAUCAGAUCCUGUAGGAGUAACGCUGCUGCUCUCCACUUUUUGCUCCUAUACAAAUAAAUGCGUCUAAACUUAUUUCUCA